AUGGCGACAGGAGACGAUUUUAGGAUUUUGAGUGGGGGGAACCACGAUGCUACUAUGGACGAGAUCGGAGAACAGGGCAGACCUCCGGGAGAACCACCAGAUGGGCUAGGCUCAUGGGUGCGGAAGUUCCCUAAUGGAGAGGAUGGAGAGCCGGUGGUGACUAUUGGAAAAGAAGUUUUGGAUGCGAUGAAUGGGUUGUGGAAGAAUUGUAUGAUAGUGAAGGUGCUAGGGAGAACAGUCCCAAUAGCGGCGUUAAGCAGACGAUUGAGGGAGAUGUGGAAACCGAGUGGCUCAAUGUUUGUUGUGGAUCUCCCAAGGCAGUUUUUCAUAAUCCGGUUUGGGGAGGAGGAGGAAUAUAUGGCUGCGUUGACAGGUGGACCGUGGAGGAUGUUUGGGAGCUAUCUGCUGGUUCAAGCUUGGACACCGGAAUUCGAUCCGCUCAGAGAUGAGAUAUCCACGACGCUGGUAUGGAUUCGGUUGACGAAUAUACCGUUGAACUUUUAUCACAAGAAUAUCUUGUUUGGGGUUACCCGAGGGUUGGGAAAUCCAAUCAGAGUAGAUGGGACCACGUCGAACUGUGAAAGGACAAGAUUUGCCAUAGUUUGUGUGGAGGUUAACUUGAAGAGACCAAUGAAAGGGACUAUCAUGAUCAACGGAGAGCGAAACUUUGUGGCAUAUGAGGGCCUUAAUACGAUUUGUUUGGGGUGUGGAAUGUAUGGUCAUUUGAUACAUUCAUGUCCUCAACGAGUACAACACAGUGAGGUCGUUGUCUCGACACAGGUGGUGGUGAGUAGUCCGAUACACACAGAGGCACAACAGGGAAUGGAUGGCUUUGUUCCGGUCAAGUAG